AUGAUUGAGCAGCGCAUAACAUUGGAGCAGGUGGAGAAUAAUGUGAUUGUGCCACCGGCCGCCUUCAAACGUGAAGAUCUUCAAGUGUUUCUCGGUGGCGAGCGACCUCGGGUCUAUCGCCUCUCACAGCGCCAACUGCUGCUCCUACUGCUGCUGCUAUUUGGAUCCGGCCUCAUUGUUUGUUACGUCUACUGGGAGGUCACGAUGCUGAGCGGAUUGGCUUCGCUGCCCCAUAGAGGUGGCGGGAGCAACGAAUCGCUCGCCCAGACAAUGGAGCGGGAGGUGCGGGUUCUCUGUUGGGUGCUAACUACACCGGAGUACCACAAAUCGCGAGCCGUGCAUAUUCUACGCACCUGGGGACGGCGCUGUAAUAAGAUCUAUUUCAUGACCUCUCAGCCAGACGACGAAUUGGAGACAAUAGUGCUCACCAAGCCCGACAAGUAUGAGGUGCUGUGGGGCAAGACGAAGGAGGCCUUCACCUACCUCUACGAGCAUAAGCGCCACGAGGCCGAUUGGUUCAUGAAGGCCGAUGACGACACCUUCGUAUUUGUGGAAAAUUUGCGAUACAUGCUCUACCCGUACUCCCCCGACAUUCCCAUUUACUUUGGUUUCAACUACAAGCUGUUUCCAAAGCCCAAGGAGAAGGCGGUCUAUAUGUCUGGUGGCAGUGGUUAUGUGCUGAGUCGUGAGGCACUUCGCUUGUUUGUUGAAGGCCUCAAUGACACGAGCAAAUGUCGUGAGCAGGACGAUCAAGCCGAAGAUAUCGAGGCAGGCAUCUGUCUUCGAAAUGUGGGCGUUCUGGCUGGCGACUCACGCGACGCAAGGCUGCGGAAUCGCUUCAGUCCCAUGACACCGUUCUCCACACUCAUGUCACACUACUAUGGCAUGGACUUCUGGUACUUUAAGUAUGCCUUCUACAACUCCAGGGCGUGCAUGGAUUGCCUCUCCAAUUAUCCAGUGGCUUUUCAUUACGUUAGACCGGAACUCCUGUAUCUCUACGACUAUUUGAACUAUGAGUUCCAGCGAUACGGAAGACCACAGCAUGAGGACUAUUUGCCGGCUAAGAUCGAGCCGGACAAGCUAGUCAUACCAGAGUCGGACAAUGAUGUGUGAUCUCAAAAGCGCGAGAGUGGAGAGUGUUUUCUCUUUCCCUCCCCAUAGCUUUCUGAAUAUAUAAGGAGAAGAAGGUGCUAUCUCGCUCAUCAGCAUGUUCUUCUCCUCUACCACUCUUACAUAAUAGCAGUUGGUUAUUGUCUAUUAAAUAACUAUAAAUAAAAUCGUUGACUGUUGUUUGCCAA